CACAGGCUUACAUUGCUUAUAGCCUUCGGAAAAGAGAUUUAUAAAAAGCCGGGACAUUGGCACCUUUGAGGUGUGUAGAUACAGACAAAACGCUUCCUACACUUUAACCGGAUUCAAAUAUACGUAUAUAUGUGCGUGUAUCCGUCUGUGUGUUAGUGUGUGUACUACGUGUAGUGUCUGUCAGUGAGCGCUCUCGGAAAAAAAGCUGUCAUCAAUCGCGGCGAUUUACUUCAGCUGGAAACGGUGGUGGGCUUAAGCAAAGAAAGAAAGAAAAGAAGAAAAAUGCGGAGCAUAAAAAAGCGGGCGAAAACUUUACAAAAACAAAUGCCAUUCACGCGCGUGUCUCCAAGACGAAGGAUAGCUCCAAUCGCAGCCAGCUCGAAACCUCGUAUUACGCUCGGCUUAUGGCUCACUUGACAAAGAGCUAGGAGAUAAUGGCACAUGGCGACAGCAGUUAGUAAAUGACAGGAUAUUAAGGCACAAUUAUUGAGCAAUCACAGGACAUGGCAGCCGCAACGUCAGCGACCCGUGAAUUCGUAGAGGGCUGGACUCUAGCGCAGACGCUAGGCGAAGGCGCCUAUGGCGAAGUCAAAUUGCUUAUCAAUCGCCAGACGGGAGAGGCUGUUGCCAUGAAAAUGGUCGACCUGAAGAAGCAUCCCGAUGCCGUGAUCUCAGUGCGCAAGGAGGUUUGCAUACAGAAGAUGCUACAGGACACACAUAUCUUACGCUUCUUUGGCAAACGCUCCCAGGGACAUGUGGAGUAUAUCUUUUUGGAAUAUGCUGCCGGUGGAGAGCUAUUCGAUCGGAUCGAACCUGACGUUGGCAUGCCGCAGCAUGAAGCACAGCGUUACUUCACCCAAUUGCUCUCCGGUCUGAACUAUUUGCAUCAGCGUGGCAUCGCCCAUCGAGAUCUGAAGCCUGAGAAUCUGCUACUGGACGAGCAUGAUAAUGUUAAAAUCUCCGACUUUGGAAUGGCCACUAUGUUUAGAUGCAAGGGACGAGAGCGUUUACUAGAUAAGCGCUGUGGCACCCUUCCGUACGUGGCGCCAGAGGUGCUAUUGAAGCCGUAUCACGCACAACCGGCGGACAUUUGGUCAUGUGGUGUCAUAUUGGUGACAAUGCUAGCGGGUGAACUGCCCUGGGAUCAACCUUCGGCCAGCUGCCCGGAAUUCAUCACCUGGAAGGACAACGAUCGCUGGCAAACGCAAACACCAUGGAGCAAGUUGGACACAUUGGCCAUAUCGUUGCUGCGCAAAGUGUUGGCCACCAGCCCAGGUGGGCGUCUGACGCUGGAAAAGAUCCUCGAUCACAAGUGGUGCAACAUGCAGUUCGCCGAGCAUGAUCGUUCCUAUGAUAUAGUCGACUCCGCCGCCGCUUUGGAAAUUUGCUCGCCCAAGGCGAAACGACAGCGGCUGCAGUCGAGCGCUCAUUUAAGCAAUAAUUUGGAUGAUUCCAUAUCGCGCAACUAUUGCUCUCAGCCGAUGCCCACAUUGCGCUGCGAUGAUGAGUUCGUGCCGCGAUCGCGCAAUUCCAAUGGCAAUGGCCAAGGAGCUGACGACGACAGACAGGCGCUGGCUCAAGAGGCACGGCUAACGUAUUGCUUCUCGCAGCCCGCCAUGCUGGACGAUCUGCUGCUGGCAACGCAAAUGAAUCAGACGCAACAGAGCGCAUCACAGAACUACUUCCAGCGCUUGGUGCGCCGCAUGACGCGGUUUUUCGUGACGACGCGCUGGGACGACACCAUCAAGCGGCUGGUGAGCACGAUCGAGCGCCUGGGUAGCUACACGUGCAAGGUCGGUGACGAUGGUGUCGUCACAAUCUCAACUAUUGAUAGACGUAAGCUUCGUCUAGUGUUCAAGGCUCACAUCAUUGAGAUGGAUGGCAAAAUACUCGUCGAUUUUCGACUCUCGAAGGGCUGUGGCCUCGAGUUCAAGCGGCGUUUCAUCAAAAUCAAACUUGCUCUCGAGGAUAUUCUAUUAAAGGGACCAACCACUUGGCCUAUCGCCAUUGCAACCAAUUCGGUGCCCUAGCUAUUACAAAUUAGGCUUAGAUGUAGUUUCUAAUACGCAUAUCACCUGGUUUACUAAUCAGACACUUUUUAUGUCACGUUUUUUAACAUCAUAUGUAGAAUAAGUACAUCGGAAAAAUCUUUUAGUUUUGUUAAAUGUUGAAAAGUAUUUUAACUCUAGUUAGCUAAACGUUACAAAACAAUAAAUUGACAACGAUUAUGCCAAGUUGUUUUUAACAAUUUAAAA